AAAUAAAAACAUGGACAUGGAUCCGGUGUGGCUUAUGUUGGUUACAUGUGUAUUAAAGACUGAUGCCGAGUUAAAAUGGAAGAUGAUACGCCUAUCAUAUAUGGAUUAGAAUUUCAGGCUAGGGCAUUAGCAUCACAGUUGGCAGAAUCAGAUGCUGUUCGAUUUCUGGUUGGCACACAAUCACUGAAACUAAGUCAUAAUCAGGUGCAUGUUGUGGAACUGAAUGAGGAGACAGGUGGAUUAUCAACACAUGUAUUCAAACAUGGUGCAGGAGAGGUGUGGACUCUUGCUGCUUCACCUAGUAAUGCAACUCUUAUUGCAACAUGUUACAAUACACUCACAGCUGAGAAUACAUGCUGUAUGCAAUCAGCGAUAUGGAGGCUUCCUUUACAAGUAGAUGGAUCACUAGAUGAAGUGUCAGAAUGUGAAGGAAUGAAUGACCUAACAUCUUUGGAACUAGUCUGCCAAUUAGAUACUGAGUCACAUGGCCAGGAUGUGAAAGUGACAUGUUUUCAUCCAAGUGAUGGAUCAAAAGCUGCAUCUGUUGUGGAUAAUAAAUUCAUAAUAUGGGACCUGAACCUGGGAGACAUUGCCAAGGUGGUACAAUCUGGAGUACUUGAAGGAAAGGGUCAACCUCGCUUCACAACUGGUAAAUGGAAUCCUCACCAUGGAUGUUCACAGUUUGUAACAGCCAAUGAUGGGCAUGUUAGAAGUUGGGACCUACGGGUAUCCCCAGUUCGACCGGCUUGGACAGUUGAGAAUGCUCAUUGCCAGUUGGUCAGGGACCUGGAUUUUAACCCAAAUAAGCAGUACUACAUGGCAACAUGUGGAGAUGAUGGUUACAGCCGCUUCUGGGAUGUGCGAAAUCCAUCAGAACCUGCUGUUGCCAGGGCUGAUCAUUCUCACUGGGUAUGGAGUAUUCGUUACAACCAUUUUCAUGAUCAGUUAGUACUGACUUCUAGUAGCGAUUCACAGGUGAUCCUCACUAGUGUUGCAUCAAUUUCAUCAGAACCAAUUUCUCAUAUGGUGGAUGAUGACCUUAACCAAGGAGACACUUUACCUGAUACACCAAAAGAAAAGUUGGUGGAUGGUGUAUUGGCAACAUAUGAUGAACAUGAAGAUUCUGUUUACAGUGUUGAAUGGUCUUCAGCUGACCCAUGGACUUUUGCAUCUCUCAGUUAUGAUGGUCGAUUAGUGAUCAACAAGGUUCCACGUGCUGAUAAAUAUAUGAUCCUUUUGUAAGAUUUGUGUUUAUCAAGCAUUUUUAUCUAAGGAUCAAUAAAAACAGUCACAUUGAGAAACAGGCUGAAUCCUGUGGAUGUUUCUCUAAAGGGAAAUGAAAGCAUGAAAAAAAUUGUUUCCUGAAA